AUGGCUAGAACCAGGGAAGAGGCAUCGUCUGCAUCUGCGGACCUCCCUCCCCGAAGGCAAUCUCGCACCAGCUUUGACGGCGUGAGCAAACCAGACCCCAGCGGCCGACCGCGUGGAAGGCCACGGUCAGAAAAACCUCCAAAGGAACCCACCGGUCGCCCGCGUGGAAGACCGAGGCUCAACAAGCCCCCAAAGGAACCCACCGGUCGGCCACGAGGUCGCCCCAAGGGCAGCGUCAAGAAACCCGGGGAGAGGAAGACACCAACCAAGAAGACCACCACGGGGACCGGGCAGCGCGGUCGCCCCCGCAGGCAAGUGGGAGGAGAGGCAGCCGCGGCGGCCGAGGCCACGGCCACGGCCACGAAGCCCAAGAACGGACGGGGACGGCCAAGAAAGUCGGUGGACGCGACGCCGUUCGCCGAGGCCGAGACUGUCGAGGAGGCGGUGGGCGCGGCAGCGGGCGUCGAGGCCGAGGCCGAGGCUGAGGCGGCCGAGAACAUGGACCUGGACGCGCUGACUACCGACAUCAGAGGAGACGUCGAGGAUGCCGACGACUCCGAGGACGCGGAGGGCGAUGACGAGGCCCUCGACAGUGAGUAG